AUGGCUAUCAGUGAGAUUGUCGCCGAUGAGUCGCUCUUACCGGUUCUUCAGACUAGCGCCGAGACUCUGGUCCGCUGUCAAGAAUUGCUCACUAUCCUAAACCCUGACGCCCUUCCCAACGAUGCCGCCAAGCUUCGAGAUAUAUCCUUGGCCGCGUCUAAACAACAGAAAAUCCUGUUCGCACUGUUGGCCCAACUCCGCGGGCAGAAUCGGGAUGCCAUCUUUCGCGUGCGCGACACCAAGCAGUCAACGGCAGAGGCUCGGCAAGAAAUUGAUCGCCUGCAUCUCCAACUCCAGAACUUGUACUAUGAACAGAAGCAUUUGACAGGGGAAAUUGCGGCUUGCGAGGCCUAUGACCAUAAAUACUUAUCCCUCCCUUUGAUCCCGGUCGAAGACUUCCUAGAACUUCAUCCCCAACAUCGCCAGUCUAGUGAGCAUGAACUCAUGAUUGCUCGCAUUGAGCAUGAGCAUGCUGAACGCGAGAAGCUGGAACAAGCGCGACAGGAGCUUCUGAAGCGCAAGCAGGCCUUGAUUGCGGAGAACAAGAAACGGAAGAACGAUCUUGCCAAUCUUGACCAAGAUCUCGAAAAGUUCAUUGAUGCCGCUAAGCCCAUCCAGAAGAUCUUCGAGAAGGAAUACUAG